CUGAGCUGUCAAAAAGAGAGAGAGAGAGAGGGGGAGGGAGGUUAGGAGCGCUGGAGCACGCAGCUCCUCUCCAGAUGGUAAUUUAAACGCAGACAGAAGGCUGCAGAGGAGAGAGAGGAUAGAGCACUACACAACCGGGAGACCCAGGAGCGCAACACCGUCGAUUAUAUGAUAAUAACCAAACACAAGAAAUGAGAACAAACAAGACAAAACAGAAGCGCAACAACUCAAGAUAAUCGCAAAAUCGCGUUUAAUCGCCACUAUUUUAAGACUGAAUCUGCGGGCUGCAGCUAAUGCCGACUGUUAACAGGGGAAUGAGCAGCCCUUGCAUUAGCAGUUGGAGGAUUGAUCGACAACAGCAAUCUACGGAACCGCAUACUGAACUGACCGAACAAUUGACCCAGAAUUACAAAAGUAUUAAUUGACGGACCUUCACAUUUAUUGUCUGUGAAAAUACUGAUUCUUGUUUCCAAGUAUUGGGGAGCUGAACUGAGACCGGAGAAGGAUCCAUGCCAAAAUCUACUGCAUCUUUGUACCUUGAAGAAGUACCACGGACAUCGUUCAAUGAUUUUCUGCUGUGGAUUCUCUGAGAAUACAUAGUGCGCAUAUCGCAUUGGUAUUAUAAGUGACUUUUGAUCUACGAUAAAAUUACGUAUGUUAACUUUAUUGUAAUUAGGCCUAUUUUAUUUUUUAAAAUCACGUACUUAACUUUUUCAUCUUUUUCUUCGGUGGUCGUUCGGGGCUGGAAUACAGCAAACAGAAAAUGAGGCAUAAACAAAAAGCUAAAAUUUAAAGGAAGACGAAAGAAAAAGUAGAUUUUUUUAAAGACUGAACCAAACUCUUUGUCUCGUUUCAAUAUCAAAAGGGAAGGUAAACCAAAGAUUGGUGUAUUCUAAUGGACCCCAUCUUCUAGCUCUAGCUCUGCAAGACAAAAUAUAUUUCAGUCUUAUAUAGCUGGGACGUUAAUUACCUCAUAAUUUAUUCAGCUGAAUUGUCAACAGUGCUUUAAAUCCAAAGGAGCCGAAUAUAUAUUUUUCAUUAUUUUAUUGCGCACAAGUUUUUUGACAAGUGAAGUAUUUUUCAAUAUUUUUUCCUGACAAAGCAGACAAACACCUUUAAAUGGUGCUGAAACAUUCUGGAGGAUCUACCCCUUCUUUCUCUUGCAAAUAUUAAUGGCUGGUGCAUUAUAACAGCUAUUUCGUAAUUUUGAUGUGGAUUUAUCGUUGCUGCAAUUACCUCAGCCUGACCUCCACCCUCUAAAAGUAGCACGGAACAGAAGGUUGGAACGAUGCCAGAUUCACCUGCUGAUGUCAAGACCCAACCCAGAUCGACUCCGCCCACCAUGCCUCCUCCUCCCCCUGCCGUCAGCCAGGCAACCAACCGCAGUGCUUCAUUCACACCCACCACCAUGCUCAACGGGAGCAGCCACUCGCCCACGGCGCUCAACGGGGCGCCGUCCACGCCCAACGGCUUCAGCAACGGGCCGGCCAUGUCGUCCACGGCCUCGCUGUCCACCCAGCAGCUGCCCCCGGCCUGCGGCGCGCGCCAGCUCUGCAAGCUCAAGCGCUUCCUCACCACGCUGCAGCAGUUCGGCAACGACAUCUCGCCCGAGAUCGGGGAGCGCGUCCGCAGCCUGGUGCUCGGGCUGGUGAAUUCUACUCUGACUAUUGAGGAGUUCCACUCCAAACUCCAAGAGGCCACCAACUUCCCCCUGAGGCCGUUUGUCAUUCCUUUCCUCAAGGCGAACCUGCCCCUCCUGCAGAGGGAGCUCCUGCACUGUGCCCGGAUGGCCAAGCAGACUCCGGCGCAGUACCUGGCCCAGCACGAGCAGCUGCUGCUGGAUGCCAACGCCAGCUCGCCCCUGGACUCCUCCGAGAUCCUGCUGGAGAUCAGCGAGCACGGCAAGAGGAGGACCCCCGACAGGACCAAAGACAGCGGUGUGGACAGAGACGCUCUGCACCCCGAGCACCUGCCCAAACGGCCGUGCACCGUCAGCCCCAGCCAGCGCUACAGCCCGAGCGGGGGCCUGCCGGCCCACCCGCCCCCCAACGGCCUGCCCACGCACCCCCCCAACGGCCUGCCUCAUCCCAACCCCCCCGCCCCGCAGCACUACCGGCUGGAGGACAUGGCGCUGGCGCACCACUACAGGGACGCCUACCGCAACGCCGAGCACCGCGAAUCCCGCGAGAGGCACCGGCAGGCAGCGGUGCAUGGAGCUCGGCAGGAGGAGGUCAUCGAUCACCGCCUGACAGACCGGGAGUGGGCCGAGGAGUGGAAGCACCUCGAUAAUGUACGUGUGACUGGGCUGCUCAACUGCAUCAUGGACAUGGUGGAGAAGACGCGGCGGUCUCUGACCGUGCUGCGUCGCUGCCAGGAGGCCGACCGCGAGGAGAUGAACCACUGGAUCCGCCGCUACAGUGAUGUGGAGGAUAUGAAAAAAGGUGGGAGCUCCGCCCAGCGCCCUCCUCCUCCUCCUCCUCCUCCUCCACCUCCUCACAACUCCUCCUCCAACACCUCUAACAGCACCGAGACACAGCCCCUAGAGAUUCACCGGGACUUUUUGCACAGACCGACCUCCGGUUACCUGCCCGAGGAGAUCUGGAGGAAGGCUGGUACUACAAGUGUCCCACUCUCACCAGCACUAAAGCAACUCCAAAACAAGCAGGAGGAGGCCGUGAAUGAGGUGAAGAGGCAGGCCAUGUCGGAGCUGCAGAAGGCCGUGUCCGACGCCGAGCGCAAGGCACACGAGAUGAUCUCUGUGGAGAGGUCCAAGAUGGAGCGAGCUCUGGCCGAGGCUAAAAGGCAGGCUUCCGAGGACGCGCUGACCGUCAUCAACCAGCAGGAGGACUCGAGUGAGAGCUGCUGGAACUGCGGCCGCAAGGCCAGCGAGACGUGCAGCGGCUGCAACACGGCGCGGUACUGCGGCUCCUUCUGCCAGCACAAGGACUGGGAGAAGCACCACCACGUGUGCGGGCAGGGCCUCCAGGGGAUGCCGGGGGGCAGCGGUGUGCCGCAGGGGGCACCCUCCUCCUCCGGCGCGCCCCCCACGCACUCUGAGAGCACCCCGCCGGCCCCCCUGUCCCUGGCCAGCCAGGGCGCGGGCAGCAGCAGCACCUCAGGCAGCCCCAAGGAGGCCAGCUCCAGCAGUGCAUCCAGGUCCACGACGCCGGCCACGCCCGCCCUGCUCGACAAUGCCUCCCGCUGACGCCCUCAUGACCCCCCCUCCCCCCCCCCACAGGCCGCAGCCACAGCACCCUCAACCCCUCUGCGAAAGACACUGAGGAAACACAUGCCAUGCCCCACCCUUUCCCCGCAGUACCAAUACCGCGUCUACUUCACAGCUACCUGAAGAUGGUGUUUUCUCAACUCGUCAACCUCCGAAAGGACCUCUCUGUCUCUCAGCCAUCCACGCACCUACGGACCCAUGCCCACACACACACACACACACCUGCAUACACGCGCGCCCACACCCGCACACCUGUGACAGGCCUGCUGCAUUGUAUGACAUUGCCAGGGCUUAAAUUUACUGGGAGCCAAAAAGAUGUAUAGAAACACAUUGAAGGCAUAUUUUCUAAUUAAAGUGGAAUUUUUCAGUGGUAAUCCUAUUACAAAAUAUUUAGUAUCUACCACACAAUUAACAGUUCAGCACUGAAAGCUCUGAGUCAGCACUAGCUUUGUAAUAUUCCUAGCAUGCCUAAGACCUGGCCUCAGUAAAACAAGCCCUAUACUACUCAUGGUAUGUAUGGGGGUUUGCAUGAAAUCCAGAAUUUUAGUAGCACAGGAGCACAUGAUAUAGUAACAGUGAAUGCCCCUUUCUUGACUUUAGCAAUUAUGGAAGGACGUGAUUAUGAGAAUUGUUGGAUAUCAUGCACCCCUAUGAUAUACACCUUUGGUAUAGGCCUUUUCUGGAGCCAUCUCAAAGAACAGGUUCGGCAGUGCAUCUUGCCUGAACAGUCUCCUCUGUCACUCUGUCCCUCUGUGUAAAAAGACAGACAUCAGGACGUUCCAUUCCUCAAGAGGGCCGCAGUCACCAAGGGAACGGUGAAUUUUGUUCCCUCCGUAAGAAGGCUGUUUAUUUGAGGAAGGAUUAGUUUCAGUGCUUUUUUUGGCUUUAAAUGAAAUAAUAAGAGAAUAGUCCAAAAAUCUUAAGGAGAAGAAAAAAAAAAGGAAAAUCCAUUAACUACCUUGCUAGCGAGCCAAGAAAAUAUACACCGGACUCACCUCUCUGUACUGACGUGAACCCAAAUGAGUUUAAAAAAAAAAACAAAAAAAAAAAACAGUCCAAACCUAUUUUUAUUACACUGCCAAAGUUACUGAGAGACGAGGAAACCUCUCAUCUUUGUGACCAAACGCAAGCUACUUCAACUUCUCAGCAAGUCAGGCCUGAGGGAGAGACAGGCCACAAGGUACACCCAAAAAAAAAACAGAUACAGUGAGUGUACUUCAGCUGGCUGAGAACAGACUACUACCAGCUCAACGUGAUACCAUGGAGGCAGAAACAGGAAAUUGCGUGUGAAGCUUUUUUUAAAACGCACCAAUUACAAGGCAAAGAAAAAAACAAUAAUGACAAAAAGAAAAAGACCAGGAUAAGAAACUGAGUAAGACUUCUUGUGAAUUGCGAUGGAGUGGAGAUGAAAAGAUUUUUGGCCUCCCCUAAAAGAAGCAGAACCUCAAAGAACUUAAAAAAAAAAAAAAAAAAGGACUAAAGGAUUUUAAAAAAACAUUUAAAAAAAAGCAUCCAAGCAAGCAUUGUACAAUAGGAUACCUGUUCAAUUCAAAGGUAUUUUUCUGUUGCUCUCUGAAGUAGAGACUUUCUGUGGGUUCUACCAUAUCAUUUUUCCUUACUUUUCCAAAGCAUGGCAGAGUGAAGUGAUUCAUACACGGUGUACUCUCUGUUCUUUCUCUAUCUCUACCUCCCUCUCGUUCCUGUGCGUUCCUCCCUUCAGCGCCAUCCCUCCAUCCCUCCCAGCUGACUUCCUGCCUCCUGAGCACACGUCUGGGAAAGCAUCAGACUUGUUUUGUAGAUAUUCCUUUUUUAUUAUUAUUUUUCGGUGUUUUCCCCGACUCUGAUGUUUUGCCUGUGUUGCCCAUGGUUUCGGCCUGCCCAGUCUGGGGAUAGCACUGGAGGGAUGCCGGGCUUGUUUUAGGUUUUGGGCUGAACUUACUUGUCAUGGAGAAGACCCUCAAUGAAGAGUGAACCUAUUGUACCAGUAAUAGGCCAAGAAAUGAAAACCCUCAUGUAGAAUAUUUUAUAUUAUUGGCAUUGUGAGACAGUGAGAGGACAAGAGGUGCAAUAUGAAAUGAGAAUUCAUCUACUGAAUGGAACCUCAACUGCUGCCCAUAGGGCUAUAUAUAUAAUAUAAAUACACAUAUGAAUAUAUUUAAAAUAACAGUAACUUAAUGUGAAUGUAUAUAGUAUUUAAAGAGGUCCAAAAAUGUGUUUGCCAAAUAAGAGAAACCUUUAAAGUAUAAAUUGUUAAAUAUGAUUUUUUUUCCUCCUUUUGUCCAUUUCAUUUUAAUUUAUUGUACUGUAGUUACAUGUUCAAAGGUUUAACUUUUCGAAACUGGCUAAACCCGGUGAGUGUAUGACCUAGGCAAGAGAGGGGCAAGUGAUUUCCCCAUGAAAUCAUGUUACACAGAGAUUAGCUACAGGAAAAGACAAAUUGCUGUGUUGCCAUAUAAGUCCCUUUUGUGAAGAAGAACCAAGUACACUUUCUUUGACUGAUGCAUGUGUCACCCAAAAAUUGUAUGCUGGUUUUUUAUACCAUGGCUUUACUAUACAGAAUGGAAGAGCAAGGUUUUUAUGGCACUGGAUUAAUGUCCAAACCAGACUGGCACAGUAUGUAAGUUACUACAAAACAUUACUGCUUCAACUAUGAAGGAUCUGCAACAGGAGGCAGUUGAAUUUGUGUGAAACAUUGCCAUCCAUUGGGCUGAAAUACCACUGCAGCGCUACUUCUUUCUCCAAAUGCAGUUUUAAAUCUUUGAAUUUGGUUGCAAGUCAGUUAUAUUUUCAUACAUUUCUAAUGAGACAUUCACUAUCAGCACUGUGCUUAGCAUGUUGAGAAAAUAUGGUUUUUAAAAGAAAUUUUUUUUUUUAAAGAACCACUGGAAAGGGCAGCACUCAUUAUGAACAAAUAGGUUUGAUUUUCUCAAUAUCUUUAUAGGUUACUAGAGGAAUUGGGUUUUUGAAUUGGACGUACAGACGUACAGGUAUAUCCUAUUACUGUAACUCAAAACAAGUGUCAUUUACAGUCACAUCAUUUUCUUUACCUGGUGUCACCAUUUACUAUUUAUAUGUAAAAUAAUAUGUGAGUUGAAAAAAUAUAUGAGCAUGGACAUUUAAAAUACCCAGUAAAAAUAAUUUGGCUACUUACCUCUAAAAUGGACCAAACUUGAGUUUCUUCUUUGGCUGCAGCAGUUAUCCUCAUGGUGUUCCAGGCUGUUCAAAAUGCAACACAAAAAUUGCCGUGCUUUAGUGUCACCUGGUUUUCUCAUUAUUUAUAUCACUGCACAUCAUCUAAUUUCUUACACAAACCUAAAAUAUAUUGCACAUUUCAAAUGUGAUAAGGAUUAUCAUAGGUACCCUUAAUCUGUAUUUAUUCAAACACAGUAAUACCAUCUCAGUGCACGGUGCCUCUUGAGGGUUUCACUAAUAUUAGUUCUUCUUUCAGGCCUAAGACUAUGAACUAUGGACCACAGCUCCCAUCAAUAAACCUCAGCUCACAAUUACAAUGUAUUUAUUAAUUGAGCUGACACAAUGGCUGUGUUCACACAUUUACACUGAAGACAUCGGAGGGCAAAGUCCUUUGAGGGAACAUGUGAGACAUAUGAAAGCAAGCCAUGUAAAGGCAGUGCAACUCUCACGCUUGUGGGUUAUUCAUGGUUAGCUGCAGUCUGUGACUGGCAUCUGCCUUGAGCCAGAAGAGAGAAAAACCGUGUGGUGGUUGUGUUAGGUCUGAUCCGUCUGUGCGUCUGAACCUUCUCAGCCUCCUGCUCCCACUCCCAGUCCCUGAGCCCCAUACCGACCUAGCGUUAGCAGAAUCGAUCAUUCUACCUCAUUCUACCCAAAUAAACAUCCAAGCUAGGAGAUGUGCAAACCCAUUGACAUUCUCAUCCUAAGUGUAAGAACCAAAACCAUUCAGAGACAAAUAAAUAAGCAUUAGUAGAUCCUACCCAGUAUGACUAGCAGUAAUCAUGGUGCGUUAAUGAUUUUCUGCUUGUUCUACCAGCAGGACUUUACAAAAAAAGCAUACAAAUAAAAAGUGCGCAGAAAUCCAGUACUAAAUUUAUGAUGACUUGCACUUGAAAAAUUCAAAAGCACUCGACUGAAGUUACCAAUUAAAGACAAUGCCCAUUUAGAGAUGGAGACAAUACUAAUGUCCAGACAUGAAGCUUUAUGUUGCAGUGCUGUGUAAUGUGGAAAUGUUCCAGGAGCUAUACAAGAAACAAUGUUUUGUUUGCUCUCUGGCUGAGAUGUUAGACCAGGUCUUCUGUGCAUGAAGAGGGUGCAUUGUGAGGAAAAGCAUCUUCUUUCUGUCAUUUCAAAGCGAGUAUUUAAACUUUGCCAUAGCACUUAUCAUCCUAAACCAUUUAAAAGCACAGACCAAAGCAUUCAUGUAUGGCUGUAGAUCUCGUAAGUCAAUUUUGGUGUACUUUAGACAAAGCAUACCAAAACCCAGGCUCUAUAACAAUUUUAUUUUGACACCAAAGUACCGGAAAUAGACACAUAAGCUCAAAGCACAACAAAUAACCACCAGGUAUUUGCAGUGCUUGAAUUUAUAACUGAGUGUAUCCAUUUAAGCUAUUUAGGCACACAGUUGCUUGUUUCCAAAUACAUCACCUUGGAUUACUGCUUCUUGUCUGGAAUGUAUAAUACUGUCUGCAGGGUAAAAUGUGCAAGUUUGUAUCUUUUUCAGAACUGGAAAUAAAAAUUUUGCAAACCACUUAAAUAAUCCAAAUUUGAAACAAACAGAAGGAAAGACAUUUUCAGUGAAACUGCCAUUUGAGAAUAUGUGGGUUUCCCAUUAUAUGCUAUUGCCUGACCUUUCCACUGUAAGAAAUGAGUAAAAACAACCAAUAAUACAGAUAACACUCAAAGGUGUGGAUGCCAGAUUUCAAUCUUCCACCAUAUUUACAUGUGCUUUGUAUUUCUGUCAAAUCUGUGCUUUAAACCACAACUGAUCAUUUUGUCUACAGUUUGUCUCAAAAUCUAAACGACAAACCAAAAAAAAGUGUAACUGCUAGUUUUUUUUCUUCCAGGUGAUCAUUGUAUUUCUGCUCACAAAAGGAUUUAUUGCAUCAGUGCUAUUUUUGGUACCUCCGUAUAAUUCAGUCAGGCGUUGCAGUCAGUGGAUCAUGUAGCCAAUUAAGCUGUGGAAGGAAGGAGAGCUAAUGAAGUUCUGGACUGUGAGUUAUUACUAACCAGAGAGAAGUGAAAGAUGUGUUCCGUCUCUACAUCCAUGCAUCGAUGAAGCCAAAACAGAGGCCGAUCUAAAAUUAUGGGUUCAAUUGGUAAUUUCAGAUCAAAAGGAGGAAAGUCUGUCGUGAAUUAUUGAAACAGACACCACUGGGUUAUUUUCCUUAACACAAGCAGUUUUUUUAUUUGCUUAUGCCCUUUCACGGGAGUCAUCACUUUUCAAUAGCUGCAGGACCAUUACUGCCCUAAUGCCUCAGAAAUUGGCAACACGCAGCACCUGAGCUUUUCCCAAAUUUCUUAUGAAUGAAUAUCGAUUGUUUUGCAACCAGGUGCAUGAGGCCCAACUCCUCCAUUCUGUCAAAGAAUGAAAGUAAUUCUUUAAAAGUAAUGUUUCAUUUUUCAUGGGGAAGUGUAAGGAAGCAUCAGCCAGAUAAAUGUUUUUUAAACCAACCUACCAAUACCAAUGAAUUUAAUUUUAUCCUCUGUUUAUUUGACAAGUCACAUAAAAUACUGUUUUGUACUGUAAGCCUGGUAAAGAUAAAAUGCUGAAAAUAUUAUUAAUAAGGUGCAUGCAGCACUUCUUGAAAGCAAUCACAGGGACAAUUUUUUCAUGAAUGCUUUGGACAUAUACAGUUUUUGAUUUGAUAUGUGUAGGGAGCCAUUAUAUACUGUAUUGUGCAAUACAUAAAUACAGAAAAAAAAUAUGUUUCUGUAGGAAGGUUUGUGUGUUAAAGAAAAUCUUACUUUAUGUUCCUCUUCAAGGGUCCUGUUAUUAUACUUUAGAAAACGUGAACUGUGCCAGGAGAAGUAAUUCAAGUUUUUAUUUAUUUCUUGCAUGCUCGCCCUUUUUGCUAUUUCCCUUUCUAACUGUGUGCUAUGUUGGACAUGUGAAGUUGUAAACAUUCUAAUUCAGGUUAUUGUCUGUGUUGAGGUAUAUACAUAUAUGUGUAAUUAAAGAAAGAAAAUUGAAUAUGAA